AUGCUUGGCACUGGUGAACUUCACAUUUCACAAUCAAAAUAUAUUCUUGAUCUGUUAAGACGUGCAAGCCUUUCUAGCUCCAAGCCUGUCCCUACUCCUAUGCUCUCCUCUCUCAAAUUGACUUCUGACAGGUCUGAACCAUAUGAAAACCCAACACUCUAUAGAUCUCUUGUUAGAGAGUUGCAAUAUGCAACCUUAACUCAUCCAGAAAUAUCCUUCUCUGUGAAUCGCGUUAGUCAGUUCAUGAAAAAUCCCAAGCAACAUCACUGGACAGCCUUGAAAAGGAUCCUCCGUUAUCUCUCAGGUACGUAUCAUCAUGGAUUAUGUUUUCAAAAAUCUACUGAUCUUCGUGUUCUUGUCUUUGCAGAUGCAGAUUGGGCGAGUGACACUGAAGAUCGCAGGUCCACCAGUGGAUAUUGCAUUUUUCUUGGCUGUAAUCCAGUGUUUUGGUGUAGUCGUAAGCAAACGGCAGUGAGUCGUUCGUCUACAGAAGCCAAAUUUCGAUGCCUUGCGGAUGCUGGAGCUGAAAUAUUAUGGGUUCUUAAGUUGCUGCAAGAACUUAGGAUUUCUCAACCUAUUGCACCCACUGUGUAUUGUGACAACCUCAGUGCUGUAAUGCUUUCUGCCAAUCCAAUUCUUCAUAGUCGAAGCAAGCAUUUUGAGGUUGAUUUGCAUUUUGUUCAAGAUCGGGUGUCUAAAGGGCAAUUACAUGUGAUUCAUAUCCUAGCUGAUUCUCAAAUUGCUGAUGUGCUCACUAAACCACUAUCCACUACCUCCUUUGAGAAAUUUAAGAACAAACUCAGAGUGGUUCCUCAACCCACUAUGAGUUUGAGGGGGGCUGUAGAGAACCAUCAUGCAUUAGUAACUGAAAUAACUAAUUCCUAA